AGUGCUUCCUUCAGAGGGAAGCAGAACGCCUCCAGAGCUAGGGUGUAAGAACAUCUAGUGAGUGUCUUUUUACACUGACACUAAAGUGAGGGGGGAAAGGGAACAGCAGGGUAACCAUAACUCACUUGGACUUGUAUCGAAGAGUAAUCAGAUGCAAUGGAUUGGCUCCCCUUCAGAACAACUGCUGUUCUAUUCAUUUUAAUGGUAUUCUUGGAUUUCAGCAUUGGAUUUCAUGUAGAGGUGAAAGAAUGGAAUGAAAAUGGUGUGGCGCGAUGGAAAUCCUUCAGAAGACAAAAACGGGAAUGGAUUAAAUUUGCUGCAAAUUGUAGGGAAGGAGAAGAUAAUUCAAGGAAGAAUCCAAUUGCCAAAAUUCGAUCAGAUUGUGAAGAAAACCUUCCAAUUAUAUACAGCAUCUCUGGAAUAGGGAUUGAUCAGCCACCUUAUGGGAUCUUUGUUAUUAAUUCAAAAACUGGAGAAAUUAAUAUAACAUCAAUAGUUGAUCGAGAGGUGACAUCAGAAUUUGUUAUUCGCUGCUUUGCUAAACAUGCACUUACUCAUAGAGAUUUAGAACCGCCUCUUGACCUUCGAGUCAGAGUUCUGGAUAUAAAUGACAAUGCGCCGAUAUUUUCACAAGCAACGUAUAUGGGAUCUAUUGAAGAAUGCUCUAUGGAGAAUACUCUGGUGAUGAAAAUAGUUGCCACGGAUGCAGAUGAGCCAAAUAACUUGAAUUCCAAAAUUGCCUACAAGAUAGAGAGUCAGGAACCUGCAGGUGCAUCAAUGUUUAUUCUAAAUAAACAUACUGGAGAAGUUCACAUAGCAAAUUUUCUUGACAGAGAGCAACAUAGCAGCUAUUCCCUUGUUGUGAAAGCCUCAGACCGCGAUGGAGCUGCAGAUGGAAUCUCCUCCCUUUGUAGUUGUACUAUUCAAGUUAUUGAUGUCAAUGAUAAUUUCCCAGUUCUUUCACAGAGUUCAUAUUCAGCAACUAUUGUGGAAAAUUCACUCAGUUCAGAACUGCUACGGAUACAAGUUCUGGAUGCUGAUGAACAGUAUUCGGACAAUUGGUUGGCAGAAUUUUUCUUUAUAUCUGGCAAUGAAGACAACUGCUUUGAAUUCGUAACAGAUCCAGCAACUAAUGAGGGUAUUCUGAGGGUUAUUAAGCCGCUGAAUUAUGAAUACUUGCAAAGUUAUCCACUGAGUUUUGGUGUUAGAAACAAAGCUGCAUUCCACCAUUCAGUUGCUUCUCAGUAUCAAAUUAGUGGAACACCCCUAAUGAUAAAUGUAAAAAAUGUGGUCGAACCACCAUACUUUAGUCCAUCUUCAAUGAGCUUUUUUCUGCCAAGAAGCUUAUCAACAGCUGCCAUGUUAAAUUACAUUAUUGGAGCAUAUACAGCCACUGAUGAGGAAACUAGAAAAAUUGCAACAAAUGUCAGAUAUCGGAUUGGACAUGAUCCAGCUGCCUGGUUCAGAGUCAGCCCCACAACUGGUGAAAUCUUUUUGAACAAAAUUAUUGAUCGGGAGUCAUCCUAUGUAGUCAAUGGGUUAUACAGAGCAAAGUUGCUGGCUAUUACAAGAGAUGUUCCUGCAAAAACUUCCACUGGUACCAUUGUGCUUGUAGUUGAUGAUUCCAAUUAUUACUGUCCAACUCUUAGUACUGAAAUGAGAAAAGUAUGUAUGAGUUCUCCAAGAGUUAUUAUCACAGCAAAAGAUCUGGAUGGUGAUACAUAUAGUCCUCCCUUUACAUUUAUCAUAGCUAAUCAGCCUGCAAGAAGUUCAUGGAGUAUUAGACCAAUAGAUGGUUACUCUGCAGAACUGAGCACUCAAAAUAUCGAGUUUUUCAUUUAUGAGGUCUAUGUCCAUAUGAUAGAUAACCAAGGCAGAAGAUGUCAACGACCACAGAGAAUUCUUUUGCAAGCCUGUCUUUGUGAUAGCCGCCUAAUAUGUACUAAUGGUGCUACACAACGAAAUGUUACCAAUGACAUGCCGGAUGUGACGAUUGAUGAUGAUCUGAUCACUGUUGUUAGUAGUACUGUUACACCUGUUGAACCUUAUUCUGAUUAUACUGAUGUUUAUGGAGAUCCUAAUUUUGGAGUCCGGCAGGGUGGAAUAACUACACUUGGUGGUGCUGCUAUUGCUCUGAUGUUUCUUGGAGGCUUAAUAUUUGUGUUGUUUCCAAUUUUGAUGGCAAUGAGUGACUGUUGUGGUUAUGGAGCCAGACCUGUAGGUGGCGUUGGGGCUGGAUUUGAGCCUGUACCCGAAUGCACAGAAGGAGCAAUUCAUUCAUGGGGAAUAGAAGGAGCACAUCCUGAAGACAUGGCUAUCACAGGCAUCAGUGCAUCAAAAUCAGUUGCCACUGCAGGUGACUUUGUUGACCCCUCUGACAUUUAUACAAAUACAUAUGGAGGAGGAGCAGUGGUAACUUCAGGACUUGAAGAAACUACAGGGCUCGGAACAGCUGUAGGUUAUGGAACAACUAACAGCUAUGGGGCAGCUACUGCCUAUGGAACAAUGGGGAAAAAAGAGUCAAUUGGAGGGACAUUAAGAGAGUAUAGAGAAGGAGGAGUGAAUAUGGCUUUCUUAGACAGCUACUUCUCGGAGAAAGCAUUUGCCUAUGCAGAUGAAGAUGAAGGCCGACCAGCAAAUGAUUGUCUACUAAUAUAUGAUCAUGAAGGAAUAGGUACUCCUGUUGGUUCCAUUGGCUGCUGCAGUUUUAUUGGAGAAGAUAUCGAUGACACCUAUUUAGAUACGUUAGGACCAAAAUUUAAGACCUUGGCAGAAAUCUGUUUAGGCAAAGUCAUCGAACCCAUUCCAGGUGUUAGUGCUACCUUUCCCAAUAUCGAAAGUGAUCUAAAGCUGCCACCACCUGGAACUACGAUCAUCGUUAAUGAAUCUUCAUCUAUGCCUCCCCCUGUUGGUAGUACAACAAUUGUUACCGAAAACACUUACACAUCUGGUUCUACCCUACAGCCUGCAAGGCCUAUACCUGAUCCUUUGCUCCAUGGUAAUGUAAUGGUGACUGAGACCUACACAUCCGGCUCAACUUUUCAACCACCCACACUUAGUGUCGAUCCUCUCCGUGCAUCAAAUGUUGUUGUAACAGAAAGGGUGCUUGCUCCUGCCUCUGAUUUGCGUGGCAUUCUAGAUAUUCCUGAUCUAACAGAUGGGGCAAAUGUUGUAGUCACAGAAAGGGUAAUUGCACCUGGUUCAAGGCUACCCCCUUCUUUGAGUAUUCCUGAUCUAGCAGAUGCAUCAAAUGUAGUGGUGACAGAACGGGUGAUUAGACCUGCCUCCGGUCUGCCAGGCAAUUUAACUAUUCCUUCUGAGCUAUCAAAUGCACAUAAUGUAGUUGUUACAGAGAGAGUAGUGUCUGGCCCUGGAAUGGGGGGAAUGGGUGGCAUGGGGGGCGUGAGCAGCAUGGGGGGCGUGAGCGGCAUGGGGGGCAUGAGUGGCAUGGGGGGCAUGAGCAGCAUGACUGGUCAAAUGCUUAGCGCUGACACUCAUCUUAGCCAGACAGUUGGGUCCGUCUCCCCUGGUACAUCUCGAAGACGGGUAACAAAAUACAGCACAAUACAGUAUGCUAAUCAGUAAGGCUUCUAUCAGUACAUUUUUCUGCAGAGAUCAUGAUUUACAUUGAAAUUUUUAACUCUUACUAAAUAUACCAAAGUAUAUUUUUAUUAUUUAUAACUAGCAAAUAGUACUAAAAUUCCUGUGAUUCUUGUCUGAGUAAGAAUCUCGUAAAGUUAUCCAGUUUCAAAGUGAAACACAGAAACAUUGUCAAUGGGGGAAAGUUCAGGUAAGCAACUUUAAAUAUUUUCUUUUAUUAUUACAAAUGCAGUGCUAAAAACAGAUGGUGAUUCCUCUUCCAUAACGUGGCUUUUUGCAUAUUGCCAGUGUUAAGAGUGAGAGCAUUGUUCAUUCAAAAUAUUACCCUCCUAAUAUACAUUAGUCAGCUUGCUCUCUGUUUCUCUGCCAUAUUUCUCAGGCAAUAUGAAAAUGGAACAGCACUGGAGCGGUGUUGAAAUAUUUAGGAUCAAUUUGAACAGUUCAUUUGGCUCAGGACUAACCGACUUACGCAGAGUCUAUCCAGAGCAAAAAUUUCAUUUUGGAAAUCCAUUUCCAAUACUUACUCUGGUAAGGUAAAAUGAGCUUAAAAUUGGUCCAGGAGAAAGAGCUUAGUAUCAGAAUGUGUCAGUGAGAAGGGUUGACUGUAUGUGUAUAGUAUUGAGCUGCAUGAAUUUCACAUGGUGCCCAUGCUGAGAUAUUUUAUCCUAUUAUGACCUGUCGUGAUAUCGUUGGCCUUUAUUUAAAUUGGGAUUAAAGGCCUUUGACUGAUUAACUGUCCCCCUUCCGCUUCCAAAUGUGGUGUGGCAAUAGUGCAGUGCUGUCUCGGGAAAGGGUCAUUGUUAUGAGUUGUCAACACAAUGUUUAACUAAUCACUUUCAAAUGCAUCGAAUUUACAUUGCAUGUUGUCACUAUAUGUUUUACAAAAAGUUACUUAUCAAAAGUUAUUCCCUUGCCACUAACAUAAUACAAUGUAUAGAAACAGUUACAAGCAUAAAAAUACAGUAUAUUCUCAUUACUCACCACACG